GUUUCGACAUUAUUUUCAACAAUGCGUAUCGCUGGGUUUGAACAUGUACAUUUUGUUAAAUACCAAAUAAUAAUAAUAAUGUUUUGAAGUCGUAUAAGUGUUUGUUUAGAAACGUUGCUGACUUUUUAGCGGAGGGAUCUAUACGUCGCCGCUGCCUCCUGCGUGGAGCGUAAUUUGAAUCUCUCUGCUUCUCUCUUUCAAACGUUUGUGUUUUAUAGGAACAUGUAUUAAGAUGUCAGUGCUUUAUACGUUACAAUAGUCCAUACAUGUGUUUUUAUAUUUAUUUAAACAGAAAACACCACUUUUAUUGAUUUUAAAUCUACGAGGUAAGUGAUGGCUACCGCGGAGAUGAACACCGAGGGAGUUCAGACAGAGAAAACGCUGCCCCCCUUGGAAGAGGACUCCCCUCCAGUUGUAAAUGACACCUCAGCCUCACUGAAUUUCUCAGAGCUCACACCUCUGCAGUUUGGCAUCUCUGAGCAAAGUUUUACUCCAGCAUCAUUCUCAAAAAGCAAAGAUAAAUCUCGUCUAGCACAGAUAAAGUCAAGGCGGAGGUCUGGCGUUGGUGUCCGUGGCUCCCCAGAGACAAACUCCCUCAUCCUCUUCAUGGCACGACAGAGGAUGAAGACUCCACCAACCUUCCAAACUCCAGAGCUUGUCAGAAGUAGCCCCUUCCUUCCCCGGGUCGCCUCCACGCUGAGGCAGAAGAUGGCCUCCUUCCAGAGCCUGAUGGAUGUGGAAGAAAGUGAGGUCUGUGAUCCGAUGCCAAGGCAGGACAGCAACACUGGAGGAUGCAUCAAGACAAGAGAUUAUCUGUCUGAUAGGAACAGCCACGAUGGAGGAAAGGAGAACAACCCACCAAUGAUGACGGCCAUACCCAGCAAGAAGAGGCGCCUGGGCCCCAUUGAAGGCUGUGAGGUGGAGAUUAGAGAGGCCAGCACUCCUAUCCUCCACUUAAGUUUGAAGAAGCAGGAGGAAGAAGAACCAGUGAUGCAGGUUGUGACACAAGGACCGUUGUCAUCCACUGAGACUGUGGAACAGGCCCAAGCUGUGCUUAUAUCCCCAACCUUUCACAUUGACCUUGAGCUCCAAACCUGUUCUUCUGCUAAGAACCAGCAGGACGAUGUCUUUGAACUCCAAAGCCCCCGUCGACCACCACCUGAUGAUUCUGCAGCCACUUCACCAGCCCGGCCUGCCCCCCUCCUUCACAUCCCCUCUCUUCCUUCUCUGUUGGAGAUGAAUCCCACAGGAGAGGAUGACUCCACCGGGACAUCCACGGUAAAGAAGAAGAAAAAGAGGGUGUGCUUUGGAGGUCCGCUAUCUCCUGAGUUCUUUGAUAAGAACCUGCCUCCAAGCACACCGUUGCAGAAGGGGAGUGCGCCAGCCCGGGCACCCACACCAGGUGGGAUGUUACAGCCGCGCUCAGUGCUGAAGACGCCACAGAGGAGUGAAUCCCAAACAACACAAGCACAGCCAGAUCUCAGCAGCCCCACUGUGCUUGGUGCCUCGCCUACACUUUCAAUGCCUCGGCACUGCAGAAUGCUGUCUGUGGGAGAGGACAAUGAAGAGAAGGAUGGAGAAAGAUUGAUUGUUUUCCCUUUAAUGGAGGAGAUUGACUCUGCAGGGACGGGAAAUACAGAAUGUACUUGGGAAGCUCAGCCGUUGAAUUUAAAUGCUGCUUUCCACGAGGAGUCUCUUUCUCAGAUUCUGACAGAGUCUGAGACCCAUCCCAGCACAACCUCCCAGAUGGAUGCCCUGGAUGAGCCCUUGCCAGAGAAGGAGAAGCAACAUGAAGCCGGUGUGGAAGCUGCAGCUCCAGCCCAAUCUAGAAACCGAAGGAAAAAGCGGCCAAGACCAGAACAUACACCGAGCAGUGAGGCUAAAGCUCGCUCCAUCAGUCGAAAGAGAAAGCAGCCGGAGGAGAGCGAACCUGUGAAGAGGUCGACGCGCUCUGCUGCCAAGACGGCCUCUGGGAAGAUGAAGAGGAACACCGCAGCAAUGCGGCGAUGGAACAGGGAAGUGGACCGCUCCCUGUACGGCUCUCGAGCAUACGCCUCCAAGAACCCCACCCUGAGUCCCAUCACUGAGAGGUGGACCCUCAUCGGUGGGUCUCAAGCUGCUCAGCAAAUUCCCUGUACGAGCUGCACGGCCCCAAAUCAUGAGACCCCCUUAAACCCUGAGAUGGCUAACGACAUUCUAGCAACAGGUGACCUCACUGUGACAAACGCUUUGGAAAAUUCCUCAGAAGAUUCCAUCACAUCUCCAAACUUCUGUAAAGAAAUGACCACAGAGGAGGGCAGGAGGCAGUCGGGGCCGAGGGUCAGAGGGAGAGGACUGAAGAAGAGGAAGGUCAGUGUCGCUAAUGAUACUCUGCUCAGCGAGGAGACUCUGGAUCACACUGGAGGUGACGACCAAACUACCACACACCUUGAGGCAUCAAGCGAAACCCCUCUGAACUGCACGCUACCUCAGCAAGAAGAAGUGAACACUGAACAGAAUGCCCAGAUGUUUGCAGAGACAGAUACACUUUGCACAGACUCUGAUGGAAAAUUAGAAUGCCAUGGCAGUCCAGAUGCACCCACCUCAGACUGCCCACCUUCAGGUGGAGAAUCCAACAACACUUUGAGUCAGUCAGCAGAGGGAAAAGCCAUGAAGGUCCGGGAGAGCUCUGUAAACGUCUCGGAGCUGCAGGAGAACGAGACGGGACGGGGAGACCAAGCUGCUAUCGAGCAGGACAACGUCAGGUCAAGCUCUGAGACCCAGGGAGAGGUGGGCGUGGCCGAUUUACACCUCGCCUCCUGGCAGGGUGACUUUAAUUUUGAAGAUGUGUUUAAACCGGUUGCCACUAGAAACCAGGUGCGCUCAGUACGCCGCAGCCUGAGGAACCAGAGAAACACAGAGCACAGCAGCAACAGUGCCGGUCUUGCCUGGUUGGCUUGGACCUCCCCUGACUUCGAUAAAGGCUCCCGCAGGAGGACCCGGGGCCGACGGCUCAGUGCUGCUCCACCCUUCCAACUGUCACUCCCUGAAGAGACACAAGACAACGCUUCGUGAGACGCUUUAAAUCCGCUACAUGGACUAAGAUUAAAGGGGGAUAACUAAUGCAUUCAUCGCACCUUCAUACAUACCUAUCCUGUUUGUUUCAGAUUAGAUGGAAGGAUUUUCUAAAGCGCAAGCUGAUUGUUUUAUAUUAGCUAAAACAUUAACGCCUCUGGUUCCUGUGAAUUAUUAGAGCUGACCAGUAAUUUGUAGCCAGUUUCCCCUCCGCUUACCAAGCCAGUCAAUACCCAAUCAUCUCUGCUGACCACCUCCCAAUCAAUAUCCAAGCACUCAGCUGGUAAUCAUAGUGCAUGUUCAGACUCCUGCUACAAAGUCAUUGGAUUGAGCAUCUCCAAGUCAAUAUCUCCUCUUUGUGGAUAGAUGCAGACGGCUAUACUGCAUUCUCCAUCUGCUGUGCAAGGUUGGGCAGGAGGAAGGGAUAAUAAUAAUAAUAAAGUAAGUGGGGAUUGUGCCUUACACAAAAAUCAAAUGAAUAGGCUCAAACACUUCUGUUUAUUUGUGGUUGCUGGAGUGGUUUCUUUUAUUCCAUCCCCCCCCAGUUAUCUAAACCGUUUACGUACAGGUAAAUGUCCAGAAGAGGUCCCCAUCCCAUUGCAUUAUCUGAUAUUUUAAUGGAUAGUUUUAAUAUGUGAAUAGGGUGGAAACAAGACAUAAAUAAGUUUGUGUUCUCAGUGACUUUCCUGGAACGUCAAAAUGUACCUUGCUAUGUUCUUAUGCUGAUUAAAUGCCUUGGUUGCAAGUAAAGACA